AUAACACGCAUGCCAUUGGUCUGUUACACAUGUGAGCUGAUGUGCCGGGUUAGGCUGUUUUUUGAUUUCGUAACCCAACAUCGUGUAGCAUUCGUGUUGUUAUACUGGUUUUUUUUAAUGUUAGCUCGUCUCCCCGGCGGCAUUAGGAGCUUUAGAGGACAACUAACCGCGUUCAAACACGGUGGAAACUGACCUGGAAGUAGCUAACUAACGUUACAUCCAUACCUGGCUAACAGAGGCUAACGUUAGCUAACCGCUCAGUCUAUAUAAGGUUGUUAGCGUUAUCGUUACAAUGGAUGAGGAAAUCAACGAAAACCUCAAUAAGCAAUGCAGUGGAGCCGCCAGUGCCACCAGUGUGGAGGAAAACGGCGAAACGGUGGAAGGCGGUGUAACAUAUUACACAUUAGAAGAAGUAAGAGUGCAUAAUAUAUGCAACGACACAUGGCUCAUCAUCCACGAUAAAAUAUAUGACAUCACAACUUUCCUCGAAGAGCAUCCGGGAGGUGAGGAGGUUUUGCUGGAGCAGGCAGGCGCAGAUGCCACAGAGAGCUUUGAGGAUGUGGGUCAUUCUACAGAUGCCAGGGAGAUGCUCCAGCAGUACUUCAUCGGGGAACUUCACAUGGUAAGAUUGGGCCUCUUCUUAGCUAUGAAAAACCUGUUUUCCUGCCUGUAGUGUUUUUACAUGAUGUCCAUAUCCUUCUGUCAAAUACAGAAGUUAUAAUAAAUCGUCAGCAUUGCUUAAAUCUAUCCUAUUCAAGCUGUAAUUAAUCUGUGUCACCAGAUUUCUUUAGGAAAAAAAAGUAGACAUUUGUUGCACAAAACGUUGCUUGGAGUCACAAGAUGGUGCUAUGCGAUAAUUAGGGUUUUACAUGC